AUGUCUCGCCAAUAUUCGAACCGUCCAUUUGCACCUCCUCGUCAUCGUGUAUCGCUUCAAAUGUGCGACUUUGUUUCUUAUCCGACGGCACAAACGAAUGAUACACCCUCAGAUAGUUCAUCUUGGCAACUAACGGAUACAUUAUCGUGUACACAUCAACCAACAACUGCAUCUUCUACAGCUCAUUCAGUUUCGACGCCGAAUGAUUUUACUUAUUUUCAAUAUCCACAUCAGCGCCAAACACUUGACUCUUCUUCGUUGCAUUCAUCGAAUCGUGAAGCAACUAGUAAUCAACAAGUUCAUCAAAGAAAUGAAUCUCAACCAUCGUGUCAUUUUAACUACUUGCAAUCACAUGAAGACGAGCCAACUCGGUCGUUACUCCCAUUGAAUGCUGUAACGGCGGCAGCAAAUGCAACAGCAUCAGCUCCACACCAUCGCCAUUAUCGUUUAGAAAGUCCAUCGGCAGCGUCUUUUACACGUCGUCCCCCAUGGUUUGAUGAUGAACAAGAAGAUAACAAUGGCAUAACUCAACGAUCAUCUCAUAAUAAUAAUAAUAAUAAUAAUUAUAAUAACAAUAGCAACAAUCACAAUCAUUCGAAAAGGCAACGUUCAUCUGCAAUCAGUACAUCCACAUCUCAGUCAUCACAUUCAUACCAUCAUCACGAACGUAAACGAUCGAGACAUGAAGGAAUUAACAAUGAAAACGAUCAAACGAAUCAUCAUUCACAGGAGAAUGCUUCACAUGUCCAACAUCAACAGUAUCGAUCAGCUAGUCACCAUCAUUAUCAACCAUAUACAAACCAUCGACAUGUACAACCACAACCAACUUCGAUGCCCCGAACAUCGUAUAUCGACAAUGUUCCUUCUCUUUCUCGGCCAUUUGAACAACGUUCACAAGCAAUACAACGAAAUCGAAUUGAACACGCACAUGAAAUCAAUAAUACCAAUACGCAUUACAAUCUUCAUCAUCGUCCUAUUCAACCAUCACCAUCGUCAACAACAACGUCAUCGUCAUCUGUACAGCCUCGCAAUAUAUAUCAUUCUUCUGAUCAUCGACAAUUUCUACUUGAAUCACCACCUGUUGCUUUACCUCGUCGUCCACCAAUUCCUCCUCCUCGUUCUUCUUAUACGCAACAAUCAAAUCAUCAUCACCCUCACUCACAUCAUCAUCAUCACCAUCAUCGAAGUGGAAUAACUUUCGAGCCAACACCAUCACCACGCGGUCCACUCUUUCAUCGAACAUCAAUGACUACUCAUUUGCAUCAAAGACCUUCACCUUCAUUUCUUACCGAUCUACUUCACCGCGUUAUCGAUGCCCAUGCUGCUUCGUACAGUGAUAAUCAUAGUCAUUAUCAUCAUCAUCCACCAACAGCAUCAAUUGAUUUAAUUGCUUAUGCAUGGAUGUCACCUGGCCAUGAAAUUUUUUCAUUACCAGCUGCAUUUAGUAUUCAAUUUGGUGACUUUUUCGAUCUGACAAUACCCGAUGAGACACCCGUCGUUGGCCUUACCGAUAGUGAACUGGAACGUUUACCAACAAUGAUCUAUACUAAAUCUUGUACAACUAUUCAAGUUGAUGAUAAAUGUGCUGUAUGCUUAAGUGAAUAUAUCGGUGGUGACAAAUUGAAGCAUCUACGUUGUAAACACUUCUUUCACAGUGAUUGCAUUGAUCCAUGGCUGAAGACAUCAACUCGAUGUCCGAUCUGUCGAGGUGAACAGACCAGCUAA